AUGGCCGACACCAGACGCACAUCAUUCGGUCAUGAUAUGUUACAGAAACACUUUCUCUUAGACGAGAAAUACAACAACCUCAACCAUGGGGCAUUCGGCAGCACACCCAAGUCUGUCCGGGAUGCGAUGCGCCGAUUCCAAGAUGCCUCGGAGGCGGCGCCGGAUCGGUAUAUCCGCUACGAGUAUCCGGGCCUUCUCGACGAGUCCCGCGCAGCAGCAGCGUCCUAUCUCAACGUCCCGGUCGACGAGCUCGUCAUCGUCGCGAACGUGUCUACAGCCGUCAACGCUGUCCUCCGCAACCUUGUAUUCCAAGAAGGCGACAUAAUUGUUUACCUCGACAUUACCUAUGGUGCUGUUCUGAAGACAAUCGACUACAUCGUGGAAACAACGCCUGCGGAGGCUGUCAAGGUUGAUUUCGCCCUUCCAUGCUCCGAGGACGACAUCCUCACUGCAUUCCGUGAUACCAUCCUCGCCCAGCGCGGCCGCGUCAGACUCGCCAUAUUCGACACCAUCGCCAGCCUCCCUAGCGUGCGCCUCCCAUUCGAGAAGAUGGCUUCCAUCGCGCGGGAAAACGGCGUCAUGACCUUUGUUGAUGCGGCCCACGGGAUGGGCCAUCUGCCCCUGGACAUCAAGUCUCUGGACCCGGACUUCCUCAGUUCCAACUGCCACAAGUGGCUGUAUACACCGCGGGGCAGCGCCAUCUUCUACGUGCCGAUGCGCAACCAGCCGCUGAUGCGCUCGUCCCUGCCGACAUCGCACUACUUCGAGUCGCGGCCGCGGCCGGGUGUUAUUCCCAAGCCGAACCCGCUGCCCCCGUCCAACAAGAGUAAUUUUGCGUUGCAGUUUGAGUUUGUGGGAACUGUCGACAACGCUUCGCUGCUGUGUAUUCAGGCAGCCCUCGAGUUCCGCCGCGCGGUUUGCGGUGGUGAGGCCGCUAUCAUGGAGUACUGCUGGGAACUGGCGAGGAGGGGCGGGCUCGCAGCCGCGAAGAUCCUGGGCACCGAGGUCAUGGAUAAUGAAGAUGGGACGCUGACGAGGCAGUGUUCUAUGGUCAUGGUAAGGCUGCCGAUUGAGGUAGCCAGCGCCGAGAAGGGAACGCCAGGUGUGCCUAUCGAGCAGGCGUCUGGGGUACAGGCCUGGAUUUGCGAGACUCUGGUGACGAAGUACAAUACUUUCAUAGCCAUAAUAUGGUAUCAGGGGCGGUGGUGGGCUAGAUUCUCGGCGCAAAUCUACUUGGACGAGAGUGAUUUUGUCUGGGGCGCUAAGGUGCUCAAGGAGAUGAACCAGUUCUCAGAUGACUGGGUCGUUGCGACAGUCUGGCUUUGA